AUGGCGCUGUCGACGCGAGUAUUAAGUUCGGCGCGAAUAUCGAGUUCCGCGCGAGCUUUCCGCCUCGCGAUUCUCCUCCUCUGCUCCUCCCUCUUCGUCACCUCCGUGACUUCCGCAAGUUCUGCUUCAACGAAACUUCACGAAUCUCAACUGCGGCCGCUACAGGCGCUGAGCAAGGCAUGGCGGCUACCUCCGUUUGCGCAGUGCGACUUGCGGUCUGGCCUAACGUGCGACGCGCAGGGCAUGGUGACGGGCAUUAACCUCGCCCAUCGCAACAUCACUGGAGUCAUCCCCAAAGAAAUCUCCGCUUUUGCCAACCUCGAUACACUGUACCUGUACGGCAACAAUCUCACCGGUGCCAUCCCUGCUUCCCUCGGCCUCCUCGCCAACCUUGAAGCUCUGAACCUCGGUCAAAAUGCCCUGUCAGGCAGCAUCCCCUUGGAGCUCGGCAAUCUCAAGGCACUCAUCCUGCUCAACCUCAACGGCAACCGCCUGGUUGGAAACAUCCCGGAAACUCUCGGAAAGCUUUCCAAGUUGCAGCACCUUGAGCUGGGAGGCAAUGCGCUCACAGGGCCGAUUCCGGAUUCGUUUUCAGCACUCACAAACCUGCUCACACUCGACCUGAGUCCGAAUAAGCUCUCCGGAUCCAUUCCACCUGCCAUCGGGGCUCUCAAGAAGCUCAAAUGGAUGUACCUGUCAGGGAAUCAAAUCAGCGGCAGUUUGCCGCCCGAGAUCGGCGGCCUAGAUGAAUUGGAGCACCUGUGGAUUGAGGACAACAAACUCACCGGCCCAAUCCCAACCGAGAUCGGCAAUUGCACCAGCCUGGAGAUACUUUACCUAUCCAACAACAGCAUCAGCGGCAGUCUACCGGACAGCAUAGGCCAGCUGCAUGCCAUGCGAGACAUGCGGCUGGACAACAACAUGCUCUCAGGCGUCCUCCCGCCUUCCCUUGGCUUUCUCUCCAACCUCACCGUCCUAGCACUGCACGCCAACCAGCUCUCAGGCGCCCUGCCAGCCACCCUUGGAAAGCUCUCCGUGUUGAAAGCACUGACCGUCAACGCCACAGCCCAGCCGUGCCCCGCGUCCGCGUCCCUCUGCCUAGUCUCCCAGUCCAACUCCUCCUCCUUCUGCCGCCUCUGCCCCCAGUUCUGCGCCUCCUGCCAGCCCCUUGAGCUGCUGGCAGUAGACAACGGGGGGGAGAGUGGGAGUGAUGGCAGUGGUGGUAGUGCUGGUGGUGGGCUGAGCACGGCAGCAAUCAUUGCGGUGGUGUGCGGUUCUCUGCUCCUGCUCACGGCUGUACUUGUGGCUUUCCUCGUCUGGUGCUGCUGUCGGCCAGGCUCGUCCCCCUUCAAGCACGUUAAAGUUGUGGACCAGGAGGAGUUUGAUGAUGCGGGCCUCAUCCCGUCGCUGUGCUGCCGCUACUCCCUGGUGGAGAUCCGCCGGGCCACCAACAACUGGAGCGAGGAGAGCCGCAUAGGCAGCGGGCAGCACAGCGACGUGUACAAGGGCACGUGCCCGUACAACCCCGCCAGCACGUGGGCUGUGAAGCGAUACAAGGAGCGGUCCAAGCACUUUGACAAGGAGGUGGAGCAGAUAGCAAGCAAGUGGCACCCGAACCUCGCGCACCUGCUGGGAUACUGUGUGGACUCAGACACGCGGGUGGAGGGCGGCCGGAUGGUGCAGGUGGAGGAGCAGAUCGCAGUGUAUGAGUACGUGCACCACGGGGACCUCAGCCGCUACCUCUACCAAGAGACCUUCCGAGCCUCGUUCGCCCUGUGGGAAAGGGUUGACAUCCUCAUAGGCAUGGCGCACGGCCUGCAGUACCUGCACUCGGUGGGCAUGGUGCAUGGGGACCUCACGCCCGCCAACAUCCUCAUCGACAAGAGCUGGCAGGCCAAGGUCUCGAAUUAUGGGCUGCUGCAGAGGAACGAGCAGAGCGCAGUGAGCGCUGGGCGGCUGUUUGGCACCCCGGGAUACGUGGAUCCGGUGUACCUGACUUCUCACAUCGCCACCAAGGCCUCGGAUGUGUUCAGCUUUGGUGUCAUUUUUCUCGAGCUGCUCACGGGGCGGCCGCCGUUCAUCCAGGUGCAGGCGGAGCAUGGGGAGGACCACGUGCACAUCGCUGAUUGGGUGAGUGCUUCUCACUGGAUGAGUGCUGCUCACUGGAUGAGUGUUACUGGUGCUGACUGGGUUAGUGCUGAUGCUGUUGCUGACCAGGUGUUUCACUUGGGGUGGGGAGCACGGGGAGGACACGUCACAGACUGGGCUGCACCGCUCAUAGACGAGGGCAAGUCAGAGGAGCUCAAGGACCCGCAUCUGGACGUGCUCGAGUCCUCCUUCCUCUCCAUGCUCCAUUCACUCACCUACCCCUCAUUGCCAUCCCUCCCCCUUGUUCUUGCUCGUCCUUCUCUCCCCACCUACCAGGCGGCACCUCUGAUAGACGAGGGCAAGACAGACGAGUUGAAGGACCCGCAUCUGGACGUGCCCGAGUCCUCCUUCCUCUCCCUCGCUGAGCUCGCCAUUCGAUGCACCGCCAUGCCCUUCACCGACCGCCCGCCCAUGGGGGAGGUGCUGGCCACGCUCAAGGCCAUUCGGACGGACUUUUUCGGGCUCACGGACCCGGAUGAUGUUUAUGGAGGCGAGGGGAGCGGUGGUUUGGAGAAUGGGUUCGGUGGUGGUGAUGGUGAUGCUGAUGGUCGGCCGGAUUGGGGCGUUACGGUUAAUUCUGUGUGA